UUUUUCUCCUAAGCAACAACAUAAAUGUAUUAAUAUUAAUAAUAGAUACAGAGAGAAAAACUAAGAGAGAGAGAGAGAGAGUCAUGCAUAACCCCACGAGUGUUAGCCAAGAACCCAGUUCAGUAGUCCUCGAUUUUUCAUCCCAAUUCGGUCGCUUUGUGUUGGAUUCGUCGUAUCUGAACUUGGGCUCUGACUCAUGCUCUUCGGUUCUCUCCAAUUUCUCGUCUUUCAACAACGGUGCACGUUGUGGAGGUAGAAAGCGCAGUGCUUCAUUGAGUUUGGGGGUUGGAGGUGGGGGUUUCCGAUUCAGGAACAUUCUUAAUGACUUCAACAGGUUCGUUAGAUUCCACUGCGAAAAAAUCCCAAUUGGGUUUGCUUCGUUGCGCGUUGGUAAUGGAAACAGUGAUAAUGGUAAUGGGGUCAGAGAAGAUGGGUGUGCUGUUCUCGAAGACGAGAGGUUGCCAUUGAAUGGUUCUGAGGCUGAGAACCCUAAAAAGGUUCUGAUUUUGAUGAGUGACACUGGCGGUGGCCAUCGAGCUUCCGCAGAAGCCAUCAAAGCUGCUUUCUAUGAAGAAUUUGGCGAUGAUUACCAAGUGUUUGUUACUGAUCUGUGGGCUGAUCACACGCCUUGGCCGUUCAAUCAACUUCCCAGGAGCUAUAGCUUUUUGGUGAAACAUGGGCCAUUGUGGAAGAUGACGUACUAUGGAACUGCCCCGCGUGUAGUGCAUCAGUCUAAUUUUGCUGCCACUUCAACAUUCAUAGCUCGUGAGGUUGCAAAAGGACUAAUGAAAUAUCAGCCAGAUAUAAUAAUCAGUGUGCAUCCCCUGAUGCAACAUGUUCCACUUCGUAUUUUGAGGUCAAAGGGUCUUUUAAAGAAGAUUGUUUUUACCACAGUUGUCACAGAUUUAAGCACAUGUCAUCCAACAUGGUUAGUUGUGCUUUUUUGCUAUUAUCUUUUCAUUGUAUUUUUUAGGUUUCAUAAGCUUGUAACUAGAUGCUAUUGUCCAACAACUGAUGUUGCAAAAAGGGCACUGAAAGCUGGACUCCAGCAAUCCCAAAUAAAGAUUUAUGGUCUACCUGUCCGACCUUCCUUUGUUAAGCGUGUUCGGCCAAAGGAUGAACUAAGGAGAGAAUUAGGGAUGGAUGAGGAUCUUCCUGCUGUAUUAUUGAUGGGUGGAGGUGAAGGUAUGGGCCCCAUUGAGGCUACUGCUCGGGCACUUGGAGAUUUAUUAAACGAUGAGAAUCUUGGGGCUCCAAUAGGUCAAGUCCUUGUGAUCUGUGGUCGCAAUAAGAAGCUUGCUGACAAACUAAAUUCUAUUAAUUGGAAGAUUCCAGUGCAGGUCAAGGGAUUUGUUACCAAAAUGGAGGAAUGCAUGGGAGCUUGUGAUUGCAUCAUUACUAAGGCAGGCCCAGGGACGAUUGCUGAGGCCAUGAUCCGAGGCCUCCCUAUUAUUUUGAAUGAUUACAUUGCAGGACAGGAAGCUGGCAAUGUCCCUUAUGUAGUUGAAAAUGGAUGUGGGAAAUUCUCUAAAUCACCUAAGGAGAUAGCAAAAAUUGUUGCGGAUUGGUUUGGUCCAAGGGCUGAUGAACUGAAAGGAAUGUCACAAAAUGCAUUGAGGCUAGCAAGGCCAGAUGCUGUGUUCAAGAUUGUUCAUGACCUUCAUGAGCUUGUAAGACAAAGAAGCUUCUUACCAGAGUAUUCUUGUACAGCUUAACUGACAGUGAGGCUAUUUUUUUGUACGCGUCUUAUGAGGAAUUGUAUAAGGCAGCGAAGAUGUAUCACUAGCAAAAUAUGUGUAUGUUUUUCCACAAUUUUCAUAUAAUUAUUCGGAUUCUCUUUUGAAAUUAAUAUAGUUUUGGCUGUUUCAUGCUUAGGACACUUUGUUCUCUUAUAAUUUCUGUUCAU